AUGCCGUGUCCGACACUUGCUCACGCGCGCAUGGGCACCGAUCGCUUCGAUAGUAUUUUGCUGGUACAGGCGUUGACGCCGGAAGAGGUACAAAACCCGCUGCGUCAGCUGCCAGGCUUCAACUUCGACGAAAGCCUCAUGGCACCCUUCAAGGAGAUUGACGUUGGCUUCUCUCUCACUACGGAGCUAUGGCCUGGUAGCCUGCAGUGGGAUGAGAAGAUGCUAAUCCGCUGCGCGUAUAGCCGAGCUCGCCACGAGUUCCUAACGCACGAUUAG